AUUGACGCAGGACAUCAGAAUGAAUGGGCAGACAUUGAGAUGCCCGAUGGAAGUGUCAGGAAGUGUGAUGACCCGCGAGGUCACACUGGUGAACCUUGGGAGAGUGAGAGAAGACUGCGUGAGUCGACACAUUUGUCGUGUCGCGACUGGUGUGAUCACUGGGUUCGGUCGAAAGGACGGCAAAGUCAUGCCGUGAAGAAGAAUGAUCGACAACCAGUGAUCCAGAUUGACUUCUCAGACUUCUCCUUCUUGGCAACGGAGAAUGAUCUUCCGAAGCGGACGAUCUUGAGUGCAACCGAAGUGCAGACUGCCUACUCAAUGGCUGUAGUGUGGCCCGCGAAAGGCAGCAUUGAAAAAUAUGCCGUGCCCGAACUGCAUCGAUUUGUGUUUGAGAUUGGACGGACCUUCGGGAUUGUCCAAUAUGACAAGGAGUUCACUGAAGGUGAUUGCCUGCAAGGCGAUUGGUGGACUGUCGAUGCGCGCAGCACCGACUGGAAGGUGAAGCUUCCGAAAGGAGGAUCUCAAUGGUUCUCCGGAGUGUACCUUGGUAAGGACACUGAGGCAGAUGAGGAAGAAGAAGAGAAUGAGGAGAAUGAACAGCUCGAGGAUAUGGUGUCUGGACAGAGUGAAAGCCUGACUGUUCGCGACAUCUUGGACAAUGACGGCUCUGAUCGAGAAAUGCGACUCGCAGAGCCACUGCUCUGGGAGAGUGAGUUCCCUCCUGAAGCCGAGAAGAAGGGAAUGAUCAAGAAGAUGAAGUCGAUGAAGGAAUUUGAUGUGUAUGAUGAGGUGAUGGUGAAAGAUUUGCACUGA